CUCAGUGCGUGGGACCCAGUGCCAACAAGAGGUAAGAUAAUCUACACAGAUGCAGUUAUCCAAGUACCAUGAGCUUGUCAAGUCGCUCACGGACGAACAAAUCUUUGAGAAAUUCUCUGAAGUGAUUCCGCUCGAGCAAGCUUCGGGAUUGUCGUCCUCCAGAGGCACAUCUGGCGGCGAAGAGGAAGAUGAAGACAGUACUGUGUUUGCAGGCCACGAUGAAGAACAGAUCAAACUGAUGGCCGAAAACUGUAUAGUGCUUGACUACAAUGAUACCCCUAUUGGUUCGGGAACAAAAAAGCUCUGCCAUUUGAUGGAAAACAUCAACAGAGGGCUUCUUCACCGUGCCUUCAGUGUCUUUCUCUUUGACUCGGACAACAACUUGUUGUUGCAGCAGAGAGCCACCGAAAAGAUCACGUUUGCCGACAUGUGGACAAACACGUGCUGCUCACACCCGUUGUGUGUUGAAUCCGAAAUGGGAGCGGACAAGGGCCCUAUAACCAACUUGGACUGCGCAGUUCACGGUGCCAAGGUUGCUGCACAGAGGAAAUUGUUCCACGAGUUAGGCAUACAGGUAGCAGAUGUUCCUUACGAGGAUUUUAAGUUCUUGACUAGAAUUCACUACAUGGCUCCGAGUAACGGUGCUUGGGGGGAACACGAAAUCGACUACAUAUUGAUCAUCAGAGCCAAUGCCGAAGUUCAUGCUAACCCUAAUGAGGUCAGAGACUACAAGUACGUCUCCAAGACCGAACUGAAGCAGAUGUUUGCCGAUCCAAAGCUAGUGUUCACCCCUUGGUUCAAACUCAUCUGCGAAACGUACUUGUUCAAAUGGUGGGACCAGCUUGACAACCUAGAGGAGGUCAAAAGCAAUACCAUCGACCGUAUGUUGUAGGUCUUGUUUUUAGAUUUCACCACUUCUGUAUAAUUCAUUCUCAUCUUCUGUACUGCAACCUAUGCCUAUUAUGUCUCGGAAUAACAAAAAAUAGACGU